AAAGAGACGGCAAAAAAAGAGAGCGAGCGUGAGAGACAGAAAGAGAGAGAGAUGGCGGGUGCGUUUUGGGGGACGCGAGUGCUGGAGAUAGUGAAGAAGCACGAUUCUGGAGGUCUAGUGUGGAAGAGAAUAAAGCUGACCACCACCCGUAAAGCCAACGCCAAGAAGCGCCUCCUCCGUGUUUGGCAGAAUGAGGCUGUUCUGAGGGCAUGUGCAGAAACACCUACUUCACAAUCAUCAGGAGCUGCUGCCAGUGGAGUCUCUGAGAAAGAUAGCACAAAUAGCCAAUAAUGAGGUAGAAUGCUAGGCAAACUUGGAGGUGUUAGUUUGGUCAUCCUUGGGCCUCUAAAUAUCAACCAUGUGUUAUAACCUUCAAAUGAAUACUAUCCUGAACCUCCUUUUUUAUCUUUCUAUUUCUAGAGCUGAGCAUUAUGUAAGGAAGCUUUUAAGUCAUUGACUAAAUACGAUUAUAAUCAUGUGUAACCAGGAUAACUAUGAUGAAUUUUGAUGGUCCAUAAGACUGUUCCGAAAUUGCUUGCUGA